AUGGUUCAGUUGCUGGUGUCCAGAGGUGCAAACAUUAAUGCAUUUGAUAAGAAGGACAGACGAGCCGUUCACUGGGCCGCAUACAUGGGUCAUCUGGAGGUGAUGAAGUUGCUGGUGUCUCACGGCGCUGAGGUUUGCUGUAAGGAUAAGAAAUCCUACAGUCCUCUUCACGCCGCUGCCUCCAGUGGAAUGAUCAACGUCGUCAAAUACCUGCUCCAUCUGGGCGUUGAUAGUAAAGAUGGUAAAACUCCUCUCCACAUGGCAGCCAUUCAUGGCCGAUACUCCAGAUCGCAGGCCAUCAUUCAGAAUGGCGCAGAGAUCGACAGCGAGGAUGAGAACGGAAACUCUCCGCUUCAUAUAGCGGCUCGUUAUGGUCAUGAACUGCUCAUUAACACUCUCAUAACCAACGGUGCGGACACGGCAAAGCGGGGCAUCCACGGAAUGUUCCCGCUGCAUCUGGCGGCGCUGAGCGGAUUUUCAGACUGCUGCCGGAAACUGCUCUUCUCAGGUUUUGACGUCGACACGCCGGAUGACUUUGGCAGGACGUGUUUGCAUGCGGCCGCUGCAGGAGGGAAUCUGGAGUGUUUAAAUCUGUUGCUCAACACGGGUGCGGACUUUAAUAGGAAAGACAGAUUUGGGAGGACGGCGCUGCAUUACGCUGCUGCUAAC